AUGCUCCGAGGCGAUCUGGAGGUCGCGCAGAACAAACUUCAUAAGAAAUACAGACCGCUCAUACGCAUUGCUCCAGAAGAAGUGAGCUGCGCUGAUGCAAGCGUAAUCCCUCUUGUCUACCCUUCGCAUAGUCCUCUGCCAAAGACCGACUGGUACCAUAUCUUUACUCCCAAAGGUCUCAGUGAAAAUGCCGAUCUUUUCAGCGAAACGAAUGAGGAGAAACAUACAAAGCGCCGCAAGAUCGUCUCGCCAGCCUAUCAGAUGAGUAGUGUGCGGAGAAACGAACCUGCGAUCGAUGAAUGCAUCACUCUAUUCACGAAGCAAGUACGAGAGCUCGCUGCAAAGAAAGAAGUAAUCAAUCUAGGUGAAUGGAUCAAUUUCUAUGCCCACGACCGCUCCUUCCUCAACGCCUUGAACAAAGCCGUGCCCUUCAUCUACGUCAUCGCCGCCGCCCCAAACUACAUGCGCAAAGCCCUCAUGUUCCUCUCCAUCUUCAUCCCUGGCACCCUCGGCCACCUCCAAGCAAUUCAAGCCACCACCUACGCCGCAAAGCAGCAAACCCAACUCCGCAUGGAGCGCUCGACCCAGGAAAAAGAUUCACGCCCAGACAUCCUCUCGCAGCUACUCCGCAUCUCGAGGAAAUUAAAUCAAAAAAACCAUCUCCCCAGCACCCCGGUUUCCUACAACGAAACAGUAAAGCAUCUCCCGUAUAUCGGUGCGUGUAUCAAAGAGGCGUUGCGUCUUUUCCCCACUGUGGGCUUUAGCUUGCCUCGUGUCGCGCCGCCGCAGGGUAUCGUGCUCAAGGGCCGGAAUAUCCCCUCGGGCUACGUCGUCGGCGUUAAUCCGCAUACGAUUCAGUUCAACACUGAGGUUUUCGGGGACGAUGCAGAAGAGUUCCGGCCCGAGCGGUGGUUGGAGAGCCAAGCGAGGAAUUUCGAGAUGGAGAAGAAUUUACUGUCGUUUGGGGCGGGGACGAGGACUUGUGUUGGGAAGAAUAUUGCUCUGGCGGAGAUGUACAAGUUCAUUCCAGAGGUGCUGCGGAAUUUUGAUAUAUACAUGGCACAUGAUGGUCCUUUGAAGACGUGGAAUGCGGGCUUCAUAAGGCAGAAUGGUCUUAUCACGCGAAUUGCAGAGCAAGCUUGA